UAUGACGAGUGGCGGCCAUGUUGCUCCUCGACCCUGCCUCUGUUUUUGGAUAAUUUCUCUAAUUUACAUACGUUCUGAAGGAUAAUACUCACCCACCGAAUCCCCGGAGGACUGGCAACUUCAUACAGUGUGGAUAUUGGAUAUAUUAAACCCUGUCAUCGAAAUAUUUGAUGGUAUGGGCAGCGUGACGUGUGUGUUGCUGGGGGUGGCUGAGGUGAAACUGCCUUUACGACGCCUUCCUCAGGAGGUCCGCACCGAGAUCGCCUAUGUCUCCCACUGGGCUGUCCUACACAGCGGCCAUACCAACGAGGAAGACAAGCAGGAGCUCCUUAUACGACGUCAAAAAUUCAUCGGAGAGGUAGACAACUUCUACGCUCUCCGGGAGGUUGUGGUGAAGGUCAUUGGUGAACAAUGUCAGAUUCUCCAGGGCUCUGAAGUAGUUUUGAAGCACCGUACUAGCGAUGUGAUCAUCGCCACGCCUGUAGAGGGAAGCCCCUUACGGGUAGUGUACAUCAGCAGAAGUGACAGCUUCGGCCGCGCCGCUGUCGUGCUACAGAUGAAAACAGGGAGUGAGGUGGAACAGAUCUUGGCCUUGUUCUCUACUGCAGUGCCAAGCAAACUGUCGCCUCUCACCCAGCAAAACAGUGACGGGCUUCAGAUACCACCUAGCAAGGAGCCCAAAGCCUCAUGGGGCCGUGGCAUGGGCAAAAAAUUUACAGCCAUGCUGGCCUCGCUAGCCGGCACCACUAACCUCAACGUAGCCAUCGCCACCACAGCCGCAGCAACUAGCAUCACCGCCGCCGCCGCCGCCACUGCGAACACCAAUCCUUGCUCAGAAGACAUGUCCGUCUCCGGCGCAAACCUUUCUGAGACUCUACAGCCCAGUGUUGAGUCCAUGCUUGACUCAGACGACGAGGAGGACUCUAGCGACGAUACCGAUAGCAAGUCCGCGCAGACGUACUAUGAAGACAUGGGCUUCGAUGCCAACGUGCAGGAGCGCCUCUAUGAUGACCCACCGGCCGAUACGGUAUCAAGAUCCAGCGACUCUUCUUUGGAAUCUAACGCCUCCAUUAUAGAGGCUGAACUAAGGUUCUUUAUAGAAACUGACGAGGACUUCGUAAAAUCCAUUCAGAGUCUAGAAGAUGACAGGGAGCGUUUAGCAGACGCUGAGACUCCUCAGUUUAUUCGUGAGAACUUAAUUCUUCUGUUCGUGCAAGUGAAGGCGUUAAUUCAGCUACACACGGAGCUACAUGCAGAGUUUGAGAAGAGUAACAGUAACCUGCAGAUGCUAAGUGAAGCGAUUGUGCAUCAUCAGAGAGAAUAUGAGAAUUAUGUCUAUUUUAUGGAAAAUAUCCCUACUGUAGAUCGUAUUCUAAAUAAUCACAAGGAUUACUUUCUAACCCAUAUGCCAGAGUUGCCAGAGAAACUGAGGAAGCCCAGAAUGCGUCUCCACUACUACGUCCUCACCCUUGAGACCCUUCACAAAAAGUGUUGUAUCAACGAAGAAAAGACGGCACUUCAGAAAGCUAUCGACGUCCUCAAAGUUCCCUUGAAGAAGGCUGACUCGAAGCUCUUUCUCGGCGCCGUUACCGGAUCACCUUUCGACUUGACCAACUUCGGAAACUUGAUUCGUCAUAGUGACCUUGGACUGCGACGAGGGGGAGACCUGCCUCGUCGGGUCUACCACGUUCUUAUGCUGAAGACACUUAUCUUGCUCACCAUAUCCGAAGGCAGGUACUACCGAUAUAUUACGAGUUUCCGAAUGGACCAAGUUGGUUUGGGGAAGCAAGAACGAGGAAUCUUAUUCAACCUCGAUGUCAGAAACGGCCCAAGAGGACAAGUUGUCCAUUACACAUUCAAAGCCAAAAACAUUAACAUGCAGCAACAAUGGAUUAACGACUUGAAAGGAAUCCUUAAAAACAAACCUCAGUCUUCUUCCCAGAGGAAUAGUUAUAGCGAAUGUGAGUCAGAUUCGAGACAGAGUGGUAUGCGUAGUAAGGUACGUCGCGGGCCGUCUAUGGAAAAGUCGAACUGGGGAGUCUCGCAGGCAAGUCAUAGCGACUCAGAUGUUCUCGACGACGACAGCUCACGCACAGGAAAAAGCGAGACCAACGUGUCAUGGACUGGUCGUCGUGCAGCUAUUAAGAAGAACUCUAGUUCGUCUGGCAAGGCUCGACCAGUGGUACGGCAGCCGAGUGGUUACUCGUCAGACGGUGAGAGCACAUCAGCCAGGUGGAGUAGCCAUUUGCCUCCCUUGACUGUCUGGACGGCAUUUCAGCAAUUAGAAGACCUUUAUAAAGGGAAGUCUCUUCCGAACGGUACGAAAGAAAACCACCACGUUGUACUAAUCACUUUAUUAGAAGAAGAAGAAAAAUAUAUAUCAGGUGUAAAUGAGCAACUUGGUUAUUUCUUGCAAGAUGAGUACUUGAGACCCCCACAGUUCUUGAUGACUCACUUGCGUCACAUUUACGAUUUUCACUCUAAUAUCUUUCGUCCUCUACUAGAAAAGGCUGUAAGCUCCGGGACAACGGAAGAAGUCGCUCAGUGCUUUAUUGAUUGUUCUGAAAAGCUGAAAGAGCUAUACUCGAAUUACCUUGCAGAUCGCUCUCGCUUAGAAGUAGCGAUGGAAGAUAUGAACUGUCGCUACGUGCACCCGGUGCGCCAGUUCGAGCUGUAUAUGAUGUAUCUCUCGAGACUCAACAUUUCAGGAGAACCGGAACAUCCUGCCGUAACCGCAGCGUUAGCCGUGUUAAGAGAAUGUGUAGGCAUAGCCAACACCAUUCUUCUAACGGAGACCAUAGAGGGGGCGCCCUUCGAUCUUGACGAGUGUGGUCCUGUUCUGUUAGAGGGGAACGCAAAGGUUCGAUGGACCGGUCACAUGAACAAACAGGAGUUUCACGUUGUCCUCCUGAGUACCAUGAUUCUCCUACUGGAGCCACAUCCUCCCACCUAUCACUACGUUGAAGCCAUUCGAAUGGACACAGUGGGUCUGGGACCAGCCGCAGACGAUUACUCCUUCCAACUCGAGGUUCGAACAGUGGCCACUAAAACUCUUACAUACCAUUUCCGAACACGCACCAAAAACAUAAAGAAGAAGUGGAUGAGAGAAAUUAUGGAUAUACUCAAGAUGCAAGUAGAAAAAUUAAAAGAGAAGCAGCUAAGAAGACUGGGAACUGAGACGGGAAAGAUGAAAACGCUGGAGACAGGAGGCGACACUGAACUUUACAAAGUCUCCCCACGAAAUAAAAUUCUUAUAGAAACUGAUUUGUGAGUACUUAGUGACGUUGCCUCAGCAAAAUCCACAGUGAACAGACACACAACUUGCAGUGAACAGACACAAUUUGCAGUGAACAGAUACACCUCUUGAGUGAACAGGCACACAUCUCGUAGUGAACACUCAAAACAAUUUUUACUGAAUAAAAAUGGCUUGAAUAAUGAGUGCAAAUUAAGUAACAGAUGAUAACGCUUCCGUAGCUAUUGUCAAAUUAUGACUCGGCGGUAAUAUAAAAAAAUAUUAUGUAAAUAUUUAUUUUAUGUUUUGUUUUAUUAGUUUGUUUAGUGAUAACACUGCAUAGCGAUCACAGUGUUAAAUUAAUAGGCUAGCUUCAGCCCCGGAGAACCAUUAAAAUUACAAGUAUUAGCUGGAUGACUUUGUAGAUGAUCGGUGGGAUUCUUGGAAAGGUGGAUGAACUGUAUGACUAAACGGUUGACUGUAAGACUGGUUGACAGACAGUAUGACUAUAUGGCUGAAUGGCUGGCUGGAUGGUUGUUUGGCUACCUGGAUGGUUGUUUGGCUAGCUGGAUGAUUGUUUGGCUACCAGGAUGGUUGCUUGGCUAGAUGAAUGCUUGGCUAGCUGGAUGAUUGUUCGGCUAGCUGGGUGGUUGUUUGGCUAGCUGGAUGGUUGUUUGGCUAGCUGGAUGGUUGUUUGGCUAGGUGGAUGGUUGUUUAGCUAGCUGGAUGGUUGGUUGGCUAGCUGGAUGGUUGUUUGCCUAGCUGGAUGAUUGUCUGGAUGGUAGUUGAGCUAGCUGGAUGGUUGUUUGGCUAGCUGGAUGGUUGUUUGGCUAGCUGGAUGAUUGGCGUCUGGAUGGUUGUUUGGCUAGAUGAAUGGUUGUUUGGCUAGCUGGUGGUUGUUUGGCUAGCUGGAUGGUUGUUUGACUAGCUGGAUGGUUGUCUGGGUAGCUGGAAGGUUGUUUGGCUAGCUGGAUGGUUGUUUGGUUAGCUGGAUGGUUGUUUGGCUAGCUGGAUGGUUGUUUAGCUAGCUGGAUGGUUGUUUGGCUAGCUGGAUGGUUGUUUAGCUAGCUGGAUGGUUGUUUGGUAGCUGGAUGGUUGUUUAGGCUAAGCUGGAUGGUUGUUUGGCUAGCUGGAUGGUUGUUUGGUUAGCUGGAUGGUUGUUUGGCUAGCUGGAUGGUUGUUUGGCUAGCUGGAUGGUUGUUUGGUUAGCUGGAUGGUUGUUUGGCUAGCUGGAUGGUUGUUUAGCUAGCUGGAUGGUUGUUUGGCUAGCUGGAUAGUUGUUUGGCUAGCUGGAUGGCUGUUUGGUUAGCUGGAUGGUUGCUUGGCUACUUGGAUGGUUGUUUGGUUAGCUGGAUGUUUUUUGGCUAGCUGGAUGGUUGUUUGGCUAGCUGGAUGGUUGUUUGGCUACCUGGAUGGUUGCCUGGCUAGCUGGAUGGCUGUUUGGCUAGCUGGAGAGUUGCCUGGCUAGCUGGAUGGUUGCCUGGCUAGCUGGAGGGUUGCCUGGCUAGCUGGAUGGUUGCCUGGCUAGCUAGAUAGUUGCCUGGCUAGCUGGAUGGUUGCCUGCCUAGCUGGAUGGUUACCUGGCUAGCUGGAUGGUUGCCUGGCUAGCUGGAUGGUUGCCUGGCUAGCUAGAUGGUUGCCUGGCUAGCUGGAGGGUUGCCUGGCUAGCUGAAUGGUUACCUGGCUAGCUGGAUGGUUGCUUGGCUAGCUGGAUGGUUGCCUGGCUAGCUGGAUGGUUGCCUGGCUAGCUGGAGGGUUGCCUGGCUAGCUGGAUGGUUGCCUGGCUAGCUGGAUGGUUGCCUGGCUAGCUGGAUGGUUGCCUGGCUAGCUGGAGGGUUGCCUGGCUAGCUGGAGGGUUGCCUGGCUAGCUGGAGGGUUGUCUGGCUAGCUGGAGGGUUGCCUGGCUAGCUGGAUGGUUGCCUGGCUAGCUGGAGGGUUGCCUGACUAGCUGGAGGGUUGCCUGGCUAGCUGGAUGGUUGCCUGGCUAGCUGGAUGGUUGCCUGGCUAGCUGGAUGGUUGCCUGGCUAGCUGGAUGGUUGCCUGGCUAGCUAGAUGGUUGCCUGGCUAGCUGGAGGGUUGCCUGGCUAGUUGGAUGGUUGCCUGGCUAGCUGGAUGGUUGCCUGGCUAGCUGGAUGGUUGCCUGGCUAGCUGGAGGGUCGCCUGGCUAGCUGGAUGGUUGCCUGGCUAGCUGGAGGGUCGCCUGGCUAGCUGGAUGGUUGCCUGGCUAGCUGGAGGGUCGCUUGCCUAGCUGGAUGGUUGCCUGGCUAGCUGGAGGGUUGUCUGGCUAGCUGGAGGGUUGCCUGGCUAGCUGGAGGGUUGCCUGGCUAGCUGGAGGGUUGCCUGGCUAGCUGGAGGGUCGCCUGGCUAGCUGGAGGGUCGCCUGGCUAGCUGCAGGGUUGCCUGGCAGACUUCAUGUAUGGAGAACAAGUGCAUAAUACUCCCGUGAUGUGAAAUUUUAAAUUGUUGUUGUAAUUCAUGUGCAAGAAAUAAAUACUUUAUAUGAUAAAA